UCUGAUUUCUUUGAGAAACGCUUUAAAAGUGGCUGUCAAACUGCCCAUUCUCGAACACAACGAGCCGAAAACUUGGCCGAAAUGCCCGCUCCACUCAUCCAAAUCCUUCUUUUUAGUCUGCUGUACUCCGGCUCCAUAAUGGCCGGUCUGGUGAAGAGCGAUUCGGAGGACUUUAUCGACUGGUGGCAGCACACGGUAUUCUACCAGAUCUACCCGAGGUCCUUCAAGGAUAGCAAUGGCGAUGGCAUCGGCGACCUGCGGGGGAUCACCUCAAAGUUGCCCUAUUUGGCAGACACUGGCAUUACGGCCACUUGGUUGAGUCCCAUAUUCCAGUCACCCAUGGUGGACUUUGGCUACGACAUAUCGGACUAUAAGCAGAUCCAGCCGGAGUAUGGAACCAUGGAGGAUUUCGAGGAGCUCAUCGACAAGGCCUACGAACAUGGCAUCAGGGUUAUACUGGACUUUGUCCCCAAUCACAGCUCGGAUCAGCAUGAAUGGUUCAAGAAGUCUGCUGCCAGGGAGCCGGGCUACGAGGAUUACUACGUGUGGGAUGAUGGCAUCCUCCUGGAGAACGGUACUCGAGUUCCCCCCAACAACUGGCCGUCGGUCUUCUACGGAUCCGCCUGGGAGUGGCACGAAGGCCGCCAGCAGUACUACCUACAUCAGUUCACCAAGGAACAGCCGGACUUGAAUUUCCGUAAUCCUAAAGUGGUUCAGGCCAUGGAUGAUGUGAUACUUUUCUGGCUCAAUAAGGGCGUCGCGGGCUUUCGCAUUGAUGCAGUGAAUCAUCUGUUUGAGGACGAAGCUCUUAAGGAUGAGCCCUUGAGUGGCAAGACCACCGACCCACUCUCCUAUGACUACACCAAGCACAUUUACUCGAAGGAUCUGCCAGAGGUUUUGGAAAUGGUUCAGCAUUGGAGGCAGCUGCUGGAUGACUUCAGUUCCAAGCACCCCGAACGACCCACGCGCAUCAUGAUGACGGAGGCGUAUGCCGGACUCACCCAACUGGCGGACUACUACGAGGACUCCAACGGGGUUAGGGGCUCCCAUCUGCCCUUCAACUUCCACUUUAUCACGGAUGUCAAAGGCGGCUCGGAUGCGCGUGACUUUGUCUACAACGUGGAGAAGUGGCUGAUCUACAUGCCACGCGGGCAUGCGGCCAACUGGGUCAUGGGCAACCACGACAACCCCCGGGUAGCCUCCCGAUUCGGUCCCGCCAGCGUGGACGCCAUGAACAUGCUGCUGCUCACCCUCCCCGGCGUCGCCGUCACUUACAACGGCGAGGAGCUGGGCAUGGAGGACUACCGCGAAAUAAGCUGGGAGGACACGGUGGACCCGCCGGCCAGGAAUGUGGGAGAGGGACUCUACCAGGAGGUCUCCCGGGACCCAGUGCGCACACCCUUCCAGUGGAGCAACGAGACCAAUGCGGGCUUUUCUAGUGCCCCAAAAACUUGGCUGCCCGUUCACCCCAACUAUCUCGAACUGAACUUGGAGGCCCAGAAGGCAGCCAACAAAAGCCACUACCAGGUGUACAAGGACCUACUUGAACUGCGAAGAUCGGCUAUUAUGCGCUUGGGUCGCUUCAACAUCGAACCCAUUUCGCGUUGGGUCUUUGCCUUCAAGCGGUCCUACCCCAAUUUUGAGUCGAUAAUUACCAUCAUUAAUGUGAGCGACAAGGAACAGUUGGUGAAUCUCACAGAGUUCCUCAACCGGCCCAAGAAACUGGUCGUUGAAGUUUCCGGAGUGGAUUCCAAUUAUCAACCUGGCGACAGCAUUCUGGCCAAGGCCUUUGGACUUCAUCUGCCCCCUGGAGGCGGAAUUGUUUUAAGCGAGCGCAGCUCAACGGUAAUGAGCGAACAACGUCGCCACUUGGUUAAGCAGCUCAUCAAGUCGGCCAAUGUGGUUUUGGUCGCACUGCUGGUCUACAACUUGUGGCGUCACAAAUGGACCAAAGUGAAUUUGAAUCAGCACCGGUUUUGAUUGAUUUUCGCUAUUCCCCGGGCUCUUGCUGUUUCUUAAAUGUCAUUAACAGUUGGCCAGGACUAACGACUCCUGAAUGUGGCCGAUGGGAUUUGCAAAUUUAAUUUCCUCUACCAGUGGAUCUGUCAAGUGGUGAGAAAAGUUUGGGGGCGGGGAUGAUGGAUGGAUUUACUUUUAAGAAGGGGCUACAAUGGAGAAUCGAUUUCCAAGUGAUUGCAACGCUUCCGAUUAAGCUUGUAUUAUAAAUAUUUAUAAAGAAUAUAUACAGGUUCAAUCUUAUGUACCGAAAGAAAGUCAAUAAAUAAAUAUAUUUAUUGUU